AAGAGCACCAUCAUUUUCCGUUGUUUGUUUGUUUGUUUGUUUGGUCUGUUUGUCUGUCACACACCAUGAUGAUGAUGUUUUCGAUUGCUUGGAUUCUGGUGGUGCUGGUAGUAGCAUGGAAUAAUUUGGAUGCCGCUCCUACUCUCUACUUUUAUGAUGCCGCGGCGACGUGGACGGGGGGAUGGCAGCAUUCCAGUCUUCAAAACAAGACCAUUUGGAUCACGGGCGCUUCGUCGGGCAUUGGAGCGUCCAUGGUCUGUCAAGCCUUACAGGCAGGUGCCGCCCAUGUGAUUUUGAGUUCUCGGAAACGCGACAAACUGCUCAAUGUGGCGUCCAAAUGUCAAUCUCUACUGGGAUCGAAAUAUCAUCCCGAACACACCAAAAUGUCCAUUGUCCCCUACGACGCUGCCAACAAUAGCACUACCACAAUGGAAGCCACCAUUGUCGAUCGCGUCUGGAAAGCCUGUGGGGACGACCCUUUGGAUAUGGUCAUUCUCAAUGCCGGCGUCUAUCAAAAUCAACCCGCCAUGCUCACCACAAAACAAGAACGAGAUUACGUCACACGCGUCAAUUAUCAAGCCCCCGUCGAUUUGACGCAAGCGUUGCUCGAAAAGUGGAAAACUCAUGACAACCCAAAAGGACACAUUGUCGUUGUGGCAUCCAUCAUGGCCCAUGGACCUUACGGACUCUCCAGUACUUAUGCCGCUUCCAAAGCCGCGUUACGGACCUACUUUUGGUCACUCGCCACGGAAGAAUCGCAGUGGUUGACAGUCAAUAUGGCAUGUCCCGCCGCCACCCUGACGGGGUUUUGGAAUCCAGUCGCAUCGACACUCCACGCGGGAGGAUCCGCCAUGACGGCCGAUCGGGUCGCUCAUUUGAUUUUGACGGGAAUCUCUGGACCCUACGUGUUGUUCUAUGAAACAUGGAUUACCAAAAUGCCGGGCAUCCUCUGGUUGGGGUUGGCGCACUAUACGCCCGGAUUGUUUCUCGCCUUUUCGCACUUUUUGGCUUACAUAAGAGUCCCCAUUUGGUAUCACGAACGCAUCGAUGCCAUGGAUGUGUCAUUGCUAAUGACACGGUUUGUACAAAUUGUCAUGGGACAGUAUCCGCCGGUGGUGGUGGAGACGUAGAGCAUCGAGGACGCACGAGCGACUAUACAAAACAAA